UAAAACGGAUUGGUAAAAUGACACGGAUCUGGAUUUCAGUUCUGCUCCUGUGUAGCACCAAGUAUACAGUCGAGUCUGAUAAAUGUUGUGUUACUACAAAAUCCCCCCCAAAUCCAGAUGUUUAUCAGGCUGAAGAAAAGCUCAGUGUGAAUAUCGGAGCCUCGGCUACUCUACAGUGUUGUGUUUUAGGAACAGAAAACGGAGACAUUAUCUGGUUUAAGCAACAAAACACAAAACAGCCUCAGGUUAUAGUCAGAUUAUUCAACACUGCCAGAGAAAAGUUUUACAAAGAAUUCCAAAAUUCUCGUUUUCAAAUUAAAAGGUUUGGACACUGCUUCAAUUUGACCAUUUUAAACACCACCCUGUGUGAUGAAGCCACAUAUUACUGUGCGCUCGUGUCUACUGAUGGAACUCGUGUACAAAUGAAAGGUGAGCGUGUUAACACUGAAACAUCUAAAGCAGCUCUGUGUGAUCAUUCAGUUGUGUGUAAACCAACACCGCAUGGAAACAACACUAACACCGACACACGACACGACACAGUGAUCGGUUUGGGAUCGGCUUUGGGUUUGUGCGCACUUCUGAUUUUCUGUCUCACUUAUUUCAUACUGAGGAGAAGAAAAGGUGAUAAAAUGACAUCGUCUAUAGAAGAUUCCCCAGUAAUAAGAGAGGAAUCCGAAGAAGAAACGCUGAAUUAUGCGGCUUUGCAGUUCUCCAAGAAGAAAAACAAAGCCGGGAAAAGAAAAGCAGGUUCUUCAGAUGAGUGUGUGUACUCUGAUGUGAAUAAAACUCAAAGAUCGAACAGAAAUAAUUUAUAACACACGGUUACAGUACGUCACUUUAAAGAAAAAAAAAUUAUAUUCUCAUUUAUGGCAUCAUAAAAUUCUGUGGUUAAUUAAUGGUUCUUAUAUUUAUUACCGUUUUUGUUAAUACAUUUUUUUUUACAUAAUUCAACAACUUACAGAUAAAUUCUAGAAGCAACACUGAUGUAUGUGACAGAAGAAAAACAGAAGAAAUUUUUUUUUUAAAAAUCAUAGUAAGAAAGAUUAAAGAAGGUUUUUUUUUGUCGUUUGUU